AUGGCUACAGGAAGAAGUUCAAUUAAAGUUCCAUGUGAAAAUGAAGACUUACCUGACAGAGAAAAUGCACCAGAUUUUGACGAGGACACUUUACGAGGUGAGCAAGGUUCAACUUCGGCUUCAGUAAUUGUUAGAACAAUUUCUAGUGGAUCAGUUUCAAGGAUGCCAGCAGAUGUGGAAAAGGAUAUAUACAGUGUAUGACCGCUUUAAAGGAUAUUUGGCCAGUCAUGACUCUCUUCUAUGAUUACAAUAUGCUGUUCAUUGAGAAGAUCUAUGACACAGAAACCUUUGUUAUUUUCUUUUCUAACAGUGCAGAGCAAUAACACAAAGUUAUAAUAAGUUAAGACUUUAUUUGAUCAUGAUAUAAUAUCCAUUGUGUAAGUUUGCAUCAUCACCAUCAUCAUCAUCAUCUUUCUAUUUUAAUGAAACAUAAUCACUUUGAAACCUUCAACAUUCCCUCCUUUCUCCUCGAGCAACCCACAGGCAUUUGAUCUUCAUCCAAGCCAAAGAGGGUGGGGAGGGAGGGGGGGGGGGGUUUAACCUUGCCUGACUGGCGUUAGGGAAUUUGAAUAAAAACUGUCACAUCUAAUUUCCAGUAGAGUACAAGUGUUAAUUAUCAUUGAAUAUGGAGGUGUUUAAGGCAGAUAGUGCACUUUCACUAACAAAUGUCUCAGAAGAAAUAAGGCUUCAAGGUCUAGGUUUUAAAGCUUGGUCAAUUAGUUUUUAAAGCUUGAUCAACUAGUUGAAAGUGAAAUUGCUAAUUAUUUCGCCUUUUACAUAAGAUUGUGUGGGGCAUUUUAAUAUUUUAUUAAUUUUGCUCAGGGAAUAGGAAUUUUAGGAAACCUAUCUCCAAAAUCUCUCAUCUCCAGGGGUUUGCCUCAAGUUGAGUGAUGCUUAAUUCUCAUCAUUAUUCUUACCCAUGUUGUCACCUACAUCAUUAGCAUCAUUAUAACUAUUGAAAAUCUGCAGAUUUGAAAUCUCCAGAUCUUGGCAGCUCUGACUCUACACGAAUAAUUAUUAACUACGACCACAGACUUUGACACCCAUUUUUAAAUUUUUUUUCGAAUUAUUUUAUUUUUUCUUUACAGCCACAGUUGAUGUUUAUAGGAAUGAGGGUAAUGAGGCCUUCAAGAAAGGAGAUUUCAUCAAUGCUAUUCAUUUUUACACCAAAGGAAUUAAAAUGAACUGCAAUGACAAAGAACUGAAGGCCAAACUGCACAACAACAGGGCAAUUGUACAUUCUAAACUUGGUAAGACGAUGAGAGCUUUAAUAUGCAUUUUUUUCUAUUUUGAAGCUAUUGAGUUGUCAGUAGUAGUUUUCUGAAAAAGGUGAUAAUUUUGAAUGCAUGCCCGGAAAAUUUUACAUCUUAUCUUGGCCUCUCAAAUAUACAAAGAAGUAACCUCUUACCCCAGAUAUCAAUGAGCAUCACAAGUUUUUCCCAAAAUUCUAGUAAUGGUAGUUGGUUUGCAACAUGUAUGGCUAAUCAGAGAUAUUUAUUUCAAUAACAGGGAAUCACCAGAAUUCACUAAGGGAUGCAGAAGCAGCCAUAGAGUUAAAUCCAGUUUUCCUUAAGGCAAUUGUGAGAGGUUAGAUAUGUUAGCUGUGCUAUAAUAAUAGUCAUAAAAAAGAACUCAACACUCUAAAGUUAAAUGAGGUUAAAUGGAGAUCAAUCUUGUCUCAAUUGACUUUAAUUAAGAGGUCGAGACCACCCUGAUGUACAUUUGAAUCCAGCUCUUGACUGUUACGCCAUUACUUUGCAUUAAUCAUGAUGAGAAUAUUAUUUUGAACGGGAUGAAGAACCCAAAGCAGAAUGCAAAGCAAAAUUUCAGCAUGAAAAUUUUAGUUCCUUAAGUUCAAUGAGUCACAGGUGUCAGAUAUGUUAAGAGCGUGUCCACGAGAGCACCGGGCAGUCGUGCUACAUGCCAUCUCACCGAUUUCAAUGAAACUUUAUCAGUUUAAAGGGUCUACCCCAAAACUCAAAAAGACAGACUGGUUUCUGUUUUGGUUUUUUCCGGGGGGAGAUAGACCACCCCACGGUUUUUCUUGGUUUUCACCAAGAAAAUCGCUUCAAAUAGGUAAAAGAAGCUCUCACUACGAUGGUAUUCAACCGAUUACUUUGAGGAUUUGCACACAUAUUUUUACAUCCUUGGUUAAUGUCUGUUGCGAGUAUCAGUUUGAUUAACGGCUUGUCAAUCAACAGAGGCAAAUAUACGACUGUGUUUUUAGACUUUUCGAUUCAUCCAAAUAUUUGACAACUUUGAGGUCAAAUAUCUCCCGUUGCCAGAAAGCUACAACACUAAUCUUAAUUACCCUUUAUAACCCAUCAUUUCAUCUCUGAAAAUCAUUUGUCUUGGAUGCCUUUUAAAAUCUGCGACUGUGACAAGUUUCUCUCAACUACACCUGUCACGCAAUUCUUGCUCUUGGCGGUCACUUGACAAAAUAAACCUACAUUUUUUAGCUCUUUAUACAAGAUGAUUGAUUAAGAAAGGUGAAAAAUGUGAAAAAACUUUCGAGAAAAACUUUCGAGAUGCAUGUAGACGAAAAAUCAAUGGGAAAAUCGUAGCGUUUCUUUCUUCAGUCGUUUAUUACUUUGAAGAUUUGCUUAAAUGAGUAGAUAUGGCUUUUGUACGGCACAAAACAUUCAUUAGUCUAUAAUUUCAUCAUUGCUCAUUUUAGGAGAUUUUAAAGUCACAUGCUGCGUGUUGGCUGAUAUUACUACAUGUUCCAGUGUGAUACAACUUCGGCUUUCACAGACGAGAAAUUCUGCGCUCUCGCUCGAAAGCAAAUAUAAAUUGUUCUAUCGGACUAAAAACUGUGCUUCUAUCCUGAAAAUAAAAUUCAAAUAGUGUUGUCGUUGUCACUUACCGCCAUCGAAAAUUUCCAUGCAGAACUCCGCUAAGCUAACAUCUGUUGUGUGACCCGAAGACUCUCCGUGGGAAUUAUUCAAGCGCGUUGUUCAUGCUGUCUGCUAGAUAACAAUUUCAGAAUAAUCUGCAGAUCUCUAUGAUUAUUUGCCUGCUUCGAUUGUAAAAUAUCCGCAUAUUUUUUUCAAGCAUUCUGUUACUACAUAUAAAUCCACAUUUCUCUAGAUCGAGUGUUGCCGGGUUUAAUUGCGUGACUUGUAAAAUUUUAAAAUAAGAAUGAUCCAGCAGUAAUUUGACGAGUAGCCUUCCUGCAAAUCUCCUUUGAUGAAAUCCUAAGACAUAGCCAGUUGUUUUCGUGAGCAAAGACAAUAAAUAUGAAAGAAAAGUGAGGUGCAAAUGUCUUUUUUUUUUUUUAGCUUAAUAGCAGCUGUACCCUCUCCUGCAGUCUUCGUCUAAAUUUUGUAAGGUCCCUCCUUAUCUUCUGCCUUGUUUGGUCAGUUUCGAAUUCUGAAGCUAGAUCAUUGGCAUCGGCCUCUCCGUCCUCAUUCAUAUUUACAGAGGGGUACCUCAUCAAUAAACCAUUUUUGUUACGGCGGAUAACCGGCUGAAGUAUCGAGUGAUUUGCUGCUGUAUCAACCGGUUAGUCUUAGACAACAUUUCUGGCUGGUGUCGUCUCUUAAACUCGAUAUUUGGGAGGUCACAUUAGAGGCGGUUGCCUUACUAGCUUCCUCCCUUGUCCAGCACACGUCUAGGAGAUAAUUCUCUGCUUUCUGAGAAAAGGUGGCUGUUUUUUGUGUUUUACAAAGAGUCCAUCCAAAGUCCACUUGGCUAGUUAGGGAUCGUUCGUCACAAUUUUACCUGAGGUCCUUUCUUGAACGUAGCCAUCCCUGUAGAAUGGCAAGCCGGUCUUAGUCCAUUUCCUCUUGAUCUUAUCCUAGGCGGAAUUUUUUUGUCGGCUUCACUGCGUUUGUCUUUGUCAGGGUACAUUUGGAUAGCAGCCAAUGACUGAAACGUCUUGAUACAUCCUUCUUUUAGCAAGAAUAUCUCGCUUUCUUGUUCCGUCUAUGACGGAUUGGGUAUAGUCCUCGCGAUGACCUGCGUUCAGAAAUCUGUGCACGUUGCUGAUAACCACCCACUUCCACGAUUAGUUUGCUGAAGGUUUCUAAUGUGAUGAGCCUAGUGAGACCCUGAGGUGCUUCAAACCGUGCCAGUUGGUCUGCGCUAUAAACUUGUCGCAGUUCUUAAGCCAGAGGGAGGAUCGCCCACCUCUAUCUAUGUGAGCGCCUCUACAGUACCUGCGUAUCCCCAGCAAUCAUAUGAUAUAAAGUUCAUCUCAGUCACAAAUCACCAGUUAGGAAAACUGAUGUUCAGAUAAGCGCUCUUCUUGCCCUUCUUCCUUAUUCAUUGCCGACUCUAAGAUAGCAGCUACAGUACGCGUUCUAUUUAGGUUUACAGUCACCUUGCCGCCACCAAGAAGACUCGCCACCAGCUUUGAUUUCUUCUGCCAUCUGCAGAUUCAUUUCUCUCUCACGUUAUGUCUCCGAUUUUUAUGAGGAGGAUACUGGCAUUUACGAACCUGAAGGUCUGAAUCUUACACCAAGUUGUGCACGAUAUUUGAGGUACAUCGUGAAAUCGCGGCCUUCGUAAUCUCCAAAUAAGCCAAUACGCGCUAGAAUAAGCUCCAUCUCGGACGAAACGCAUGUUUGGGAUACACCGACGUCUCUCAAAUGUUUUUUUUUUAAGCUGUAUACCCACGAAUUUCGAGGUAUGAGCUGUUGCCGUCCCUGUCCAACUCGAGAAAAAUGAGUUGCAAAUGAACAAGACAACUGCACCAUCUUGACUUUAUCAAUUCGAGUGUUAGAUUGAACUGAGAGCUUUUUAGACACUCGAUUUCUUAUAUGGCAUCACUAUGAAGACGUAAUACAACUGAUACACCUACACUACAUAGGAUUAACAAUGUCUGUUGCGCUGUUGCGAGAAGGAGGAAAAUAUUACCGGAAGUGUAAACUCUUUUUAAAAAGAGUUUCAGAGACGUUUCAGAGAUGUCUAUCUUUUAUCGGCUGUCACAAAAAAAUGACCCCCACUUAAAUUUACCAGGAAAAAUGAACUUACCAACUCCUUGUUGAAAAAAUUGGGAUUCAUUUGACCGAUAAGCCGGUUGUUUCAAUUUUGCUUUUUCCUCGAGCUCCUAUAAAACAGUUCAUGACUAAUGAAUAAAAUGUUUUGAAAUACCGUUCGGAAUUUGCCUUUAUUUUCUGCGUGCAAAUCAAGGGUAGACAAAGUUUUUAAAACAUUUGACUAGAAUUUCAUGGAGUUCACCUCGAUAAUUUUCAUCGGCCAGAGUCAAGACGCGCCAAGGUAAGCGACACCACCCUCCAGUAAAAUAAUUUUCCAAAGAAUAAACGUGGCGAGCGUGAGGAAACGCACAUUUUUUUAUCAUUGUGAUCAAAGCCCAAUGAUGUACCUAAAUUGGUACUUACGGUAUCAAACCAUUGAUUAUGACAGGGUGAGCUUAAUUUUUCUGUCGAGGUCGACGUGACUUCACAUUAAAAGCGUUUUUGACGGAACAAACUAGUGAGCAUCACUGCACGAACUGAGAAAGUAAAAACUUGUAUUUAUCUCCCACGUAUUUCGUCUGACAAUAGUAGACUUUAUCAAGGAUUUUUUCAAGUAGGGUAGACAAGCUUGCUCAUAUACAAGUAGUAAAUAAGUUGUCUCUUUGCUAUUGAAGCCAGUGGAUAGAAUUCGCCAGGUGCGCGUACGAUGUUAUGCAUGCAUGACAUUUUCCGGACGUUACAUGUACGAGUACGUGAUCCGUUUGAGGGUCACAGAUUUAGUGUAAAUAUUUCACCCUUCAACAUCACGCAAUGUCUCUAGUUUACAGAAGUCUUAGAACGUUUAAUUACAUGGAGUUGCCUUCUGCAGGUAGAAGGCUACAAGCGAAUUUCUCAGGCGUCAUUGCCUUUGAUUUCUCAAUUGAUGUUGUCGCAAACACAGUUUUUGGGAGUCACGAGACAAAAAAACUUAUCAGGACCUAGUUUCAUGUUCUAAUGGAAAUAAAUAGCAAAUAAAAACACAUUUUCUUGAGAAAUAAAGUCACAAAUGACGGGGGUUCUCUGAAACAAAUAGUGAUAGAAAAGGAUUUCAGUUCUGGUCAAUAUUGACUUUUCAUGGCCUACUUCCAAAUCUGAGGGAACGUGCUGAGGGAAUAUAAAAACAUAAAUGUGUGAUAAUGCAAGCAAGAGAGUGAAAAUCCAAAUGAAGAAAAAACGUGUUGCAGCGUGCAGAUAUCUUUUGAGCCACAAAAUCUACACACCUAAGCCCGACACCACCCAGAAAAACUCGAAAGAGUCCUGUAUAUGAACUAGCUCGCACGUGCACGCAGGAAAGGCCAUGACAAUCAGCGAAAAUAAUAGCAAAUGCAGAUGAUAUUUGCAGUCACAAAUUAGGAAAAUAAGAUAACAGAAGGUUUAGGAACCUCCUAGAAUUUCCUUCUUGAAAAAAAAAAGAUGAACGAUUUUUACUUCUCAUGAAAGGUCACGCAGUAACCCUACAAAUACUAUUCCUUUACGUGGAAUUUCUUGAUGGUGGAAAGUGGAAAAAACAUUUUCCAGUCUUAUUUUCUGGAAACAUGGCGUAGUUAAUGAAUUUAUGGGGCUAUUGAUAUUUCCUAACAAAUAAGGGGGGGCAGAGUUUCCCGUCAUUCGCGUUAAGGAAAAGCCGAAGUUGUUACACUCGGGAACUUGUGCGUCAACAAGCAGGCGACAUGUGACUUUAAAAUCUCCUUUCCUGUUACAGUUUCCUUAUUGUAAACUGUGCGAUAAUGAUAAUAGAUGAUCAAAGUAUAGGCUAGUGAAUGUUUUGUUGUGUAGAAAAGCCCUAUGUCCUGAAUUUAGCAAAUCUUCAAAGUAAUAAACGACUGAAGAAAGAAACGCAACGAUUUUCCCAUUGAUUUUUCAUCAACAUGCAUCUCUCUAAACGUGAGAUUUUCCAUUCCUACAAAAAAUCUCGAAAGUUUUUCACAUUUUUCACCUUUCUUGAUCAAUCAUCUUGUAUAAAGAGCUAAAAAAUGUUGGUUUAUUUCGUCAAGUGACCGCCUAGAGCAAGAAGUGCGUGACAGGUGUAGUGGAGAGAAACUUGUCACAGUCGCAGAUUUUAAAAGGCAUCCAAGACAAAAAUACGGUAGUGCCCAAAGAUUUUUUUGAUGAAUUUCAGAGAUGACAUGAUGGGUUAUAAAGGGUAAUUAAGAUAAGUGUUGUAGCUUUCUGGCAACGGGAGAUAUUUGAUCUCAAAGUUGUCAAAUAUUUGGAUGAAUGAAAAGUCUUAAAACACAGUCGUAUAUUUGCCUCUGUUGAUUGACAAGCCGUCAAUCAAACUGACUGAUACUCGCGGCGACCAUUAACUAAGGAUGUAAGAAUAUGUGUGCAAAUCCUCAAAGUAAUCGGUUAAAUACCAUCGCAGUGAGAGCUUCAUACAAUUUACCUAUUUGAAGCGAUUUCCUUGGUGAAAACCAAGAAAAACCGGGGGGUGGUCUAUCUCCCCCCGGAAAAAACUAAAACAGAAACCAGUUUGUCUUUUUGAGUUUAGGGGUAGACCCUUUAAACUGGCAAAGUUUCAUUGAAAUCGGUGAGAUGGCAUGUAGCACGACCGCCCGGUGCUCUCGUGGACACGCUCUUAAGUCACUAUCUAGCUGUUUUAAAAAGAAGGAUCAGGACUUACCUAACUCUUAGUGUUUUUGUGGGAGUUGUUGAUCCCAAUUUAAGUGUUCUUAGAAGUUUCAGUUGUCUGUAAAGCUAAAUAAAUCUAACUGAAACCUAAUAGGGCCUGUUUAUUCUUUACCGUUUAGUUUUUUUGUAUUGUUUUGUUUUGUCUUUUUUUUUUUCUUCUGGUCUGUAAUGAUUUCAAUGGUUUCAGGUUCUUUUCUUAGAAUUGAGCUACAGUAAAGUAUGCUUCUUUGUGUUGUUACCUACAGGAGCCACUGCUUGUGUUGAAUUGAAGAGAUUUGAAGAAGCAAUCACUUGGUGUGAUAAGGGACUAGCUGUAUCCUUUGAAGGAAUCUUUCAUUUUUAA